AUGCAGCCGAUACUUCCGCCAAAGCCACAUCAAGAUCAGCAAGAGCAGCCCACAUUGGAGAGUCAACUGAAUAGACUUAAGAUCGACGAUAACCUUUCUGAUAGAACAGAUCUACCGUUCAAAAUCAUACCCUCAGAUUUUACGACUCAAUUAUUCACCCAAAAAGAUGGCAAUUCAUUAAAUGUUCCACUUCCAUCCUAUUUCGAAUACAUUACCAACGCUAAAAUAAAAGAGUUGAUAUACAACGAAGAGCUCUUAUCGGGCUAUCUCCUCACUCUCUAUAAAGAAGAGUUUAUAGGCCUGAAAAGAGAACUAAAUGCAGUAAUUGAAGGUCAACAGAAAGCUGCCCUUGAGCUAAAGAAUAAGUACAUUGACUGCGAUGAUGGACUUUUGGACAAAGCUUUAGCUCUUGAUACGCAUUUAAAGGAAUAUGACUCUAAGCUUAAAACCUUUGACCAUCUUCAAAUCGAAAUGUACGAGACACUUAAUGGGCUUUCGAGCAAAAGCAUUGCGAAACACUUCAGCGAUAAGGCAGCAACUAAUGAAGCAAAUUGUAGCGAGCUGUUAGACAAUGCUUCUUCAACUGAAGUUGAGCUAAGCUCUAAGCAAUUGGAACAACUGCUUCAAAGCUAUACCACACAGAGAUACGAGUGGCACAAAAACAAAGAAUGUGUCUCAAAACUCGAACAUCACAAGGUAGUUGGCUUGGAAUAG